GGCAACGCUUCCGGCCCCACUGCCCUCAGCAAAGAUGGCGGCAGUGGAGAAGCGGCGGCCGGUGGGGACACCUGCGGCCAGUUUCACAGACAGUGGCCGGCCGUCGGUGUCCCGGACGGCGGCAGCGGUCGAGAGCGAGGAGGACUUCCUGCGACAGGUCGGUGUGACGGAGAUGCUGCGCGCGGCCCUGUUGAAGGUGCUAGAGGCGCGGCCCGAGGAGCCCAUCGCCUUCUUGGCGCACUACUUCGAGAACAUGGGCCUACGCUCGCCGACCAAUGGCGGCGCCGGGGAGCCCCCGGGGCAGCUCCUGCUACAGCAGCAGCGCCUGGGCCGCGCGCUGUGGCAUCUUCGCCUGGCUCAUCACUCGCAAAGGACGGCCUUCAACAACAACGUCAGCAUGGCCUACGAGUGCCUGAGCGCCAGCGGGCGCAAGAAGAAGCCGGGGCUGGAUGGCCGCACCUACAGCGAGCUGCUACGGCGCCUCUGCCGCGAAGGCCGUGCCCCCGAGGAGGUGGUGGCGCCGCUGCUGCGUAAGAUCCAGUGCCGCGACCACGAGGCUGUGCCGCUCGCCGUGUUCCGCGCCGGCAUGCUCACCUGCUUCGUGCUGCUGGAGUUCGUGGCGCGGGCUGCCGCCCUGUUCCAGCUGCUGGAGGCCCCAGGGCUGGCGGCCGCCGACCGCCGCGUGGGCCAGGCCGUGCUGGACACCCUGGAGGGCGCCCUGGGCGCAGGGGACCACGCCGCCACCCCGGCCUGCUACCUGGAGGCCGGUUCGCGCCUUGGACCCGACAGCCUGGCCCUGGCCAUGGACCGCGCGGCCACCGGGCGCAGGCCCAGCUCCCCCAUGGCCCGGGAGGAGUUCUUGGAGAAGGCAGCCGCCCUGUUCAUCGCCAAGGUCAAGCCGGUGGGGUAGGCGGGCCUGCGCCCCAGGCCCCCGGACUCCAGACGCCGGUCCCGGUCCUCCGGCCGACCAAGAUCCCCCCCCCCCCGCCCCUGCCCCCACUGCUCUCCCUUCCCCUCCCCCUCCCCGUCCCUCACCACUGCCCCCCGACACGUGCCUGGCCGGCCUCCUGCCUGCCCCAGGCCCUGCUCAGCAGAAAUAAAAUCUGCGGCAAGGCCCCCUC